AUGCAAAGGGCAUCAGAUUCAAGUGAAAAACAACGCCCCAAGCGCUCCUGCUUCUUUUUCUUUACUGUCCAGAAAGUUAACUUUCCGAGCAAAGCGGAGGCCACCAGCCCCGCGCUGGCUCCGCCGCGGGCACGCCUCCCCCUGAGGACCGCAUGCCCGUGGGACCCCCGCCGGGCCCUUCCCCUUCUCCCGCCACCGCCCCACGCCACUCGGCGCCAGGUCGCUUCAGGUGCCCGUGGCCGGAGCCGCGCCGCCGCAGCCUCAACUUCGCGAUCCCCGCGCCCCUGUUUCAAACGCCCCGUGGCGUCGAGCAGGCCGCUGAAGGGGUGGGGAGGAGGGGGGGGCGGCCACCCCACACGCCCGCCUGCAGCCGGGUCAGACCGUGCCCGACCGUGCCCGUGGCGCUGCUUCUACCCGUCCAGGAGGAGGCGGAGGGCAGACCCACUUACCGCGCCGGUGCCCGCUGCGGGGUCUCGCCUCCGGAGCGGCGGGGCGGUUCGACCCGGCUGCUGCGAUCGCCGCGGCGGCGAGUCAAGGCGGCGCUGGGCUCAUCGCAGGUUGGAGAAACGAAGGCAGAGCCCCCCCAUCCAGGCUGCAGUGCCAGCAUCAUCUUCCUCAGCUGCCCAGAGGCUGGACAUGCCGAUUUGGCAAUUCUGUGUUGGGAAACCCUUGAGAGCCUUUCUGAAGGCUCUUCCAGAACAUGGUCAUCUUUGUAGUAGGAUCAUGCAACUGUCGACACAUCAGCGCGUCUCAUAUAUGCAUGACUUAAGCACACCGAGGUGAGGAAAUUGCAUCAUAGGUCAGCAACCUCUCAAUCCUCAGGUUUGAAUGUGGAAUUCAUAUCUUCUUUCUCACUUCUGGCCUCAAGGAGGAAGUUUCCAGAGACCAGAGAAAUCCUUAAAAUGGCUGAAGAGUCCUCAUUAUCUGAGGGAAGCCCUAGGCAAUUUAUGUAUUUGAGGUAGGAAUGCAAAUGCAGAAGAAACCAAGCAUGAGGGAAGAAAACUUUUCAACUUGCCAUGUGUUAUAAUGUUAGGAUGUCACAAAACUUUGGGCAGGAUCUAAUACUUUAAUGAGAACUCAUUUUUCAUUUGUGCUGUAUAUGCAAUAUUAUUAUAUUCAUUUAAGACAAUUAAAUGUAAAUACUGGUAUUUUCUUAACAUAUGUAGGUAGAACGUGAAAUUAUCUCUAUUUCAAAGAUAGAAAAACAAUCAGGAAGAAUCUGCAUAACACAAACAGAUUUAUUUGCCACCACCCAUUGGCUGCUGAUGAGAGAGCAGAUUCCUCCUAAAAUCGAGAUCUGGAAAAUGGUCCUCUAGUGCUGACUCCUACUUGCCAUUUAUUUGAGGUUGUCUGAUUCAUGCACUCCUACACUGCCCCUUCAAACAGCAGACUGAGCUUUGUUAGGGCAAAUAUCACCUGUCACUUGCACA